UUUCAUUGGUCGACAGCGUUCCAAAAAUUAUCCUAAACGUAAUUGUGUGUGCGUUAAGUGUUUGUGGUUCUGAAUCGAGCGUUUAUUAUCUAACCAAAAAAAAGCACUAUAUAGAGAGAGAGUAGCAAGAUAAUGAAUGUUCAUGUUAUUAGAAAAUAAUUAGCGAUGCAAUGUAUCAAGCAUUUAUCAAUGGAUACCGUUUGGUCGAGGUAUCGCAUGGCAAACCAUAUUAUGUUUAUUGUGUCGAAUUAUUCGAGACAGACAGUGGCACUCGAUAUUUCAGCGAGAGAAGAUAUAGCGAAUUUAGCGCGCUACAUCGUACGCUGAAGAAGAAUAGCACGAACAUUGCUUCAUUUCCACCAAAAAGAGUAAGGAAUUCUCAACCUAAAGUACUCGAACAAAGACGCGAAGCAUUAGAGGCGUAUAUUCAGAAAAUGUUGAAACUACCAGUUGCGAAACAACAGGUACUUAAUUUUUUAGGUAUCGAAGGUCGUCCAUCUGGUGUAUCGGAGAAAAGAGGACAAAAGCAAACUAAUGAUUUGGAACAUAUUCAUCCAAGUUCCUUAGGACAUCAUCCUGUGUUAACUUUUCAUCGUGACCCUUACGUCCAAGUUAAUAAGAAUACGAGUCUUCCGGAUAUCGUAACAAACGGUGUUCUGCUAGGGUUGUACAAAUCUUAAAAUAUAUCUUCGAUUUACUUGAAUAAAUGAAGUUUUGUAUUUUACAAAGUCAAUAGGAAAUGAUAGAACUAAUGAGAAUCUCAAAUUCAAUGGGUUAAGGGUCUUGUGAUAUAUAUGCUUCGAAGUAAACUUUGAUAUGAAAAAAAUGUAGCUUAUAAAUAUCUCUAGCUUGCUUGAAAAUAUAUCUAUGCUUCUAUGAAGCAUGUUUAUACGAAAGGAAAGAAACUUUAUAGAUACGUAUAUCGACAACCAAAUAUAAAUAAUAUACACAAAAGUGUUAUAAAUAAAAGUGUAUAUAAUGAAAACGUCGACGAAGUCGUUACCUAUAAAUAACAAUUUGUACGACACCGUUAGGCUGUGAAAAUGUCAAAAAAUAUAUUUUCUUUAAUACGUGAA